AUGGCGCUGGAAUCUGACCAUUUUCUAGAUGGAUUAAAGCCAAUCUCCGGAACUGGUCUGAAUAUCCCAUCUUUUCAGAAGAUCCUAGCGGAAAAUGGACAAGCAAGCCCAGCAAGUCCGGCGGCUGAAGGAAGUCCUGCCAAGCAGCACCGUGCUUCCUUCGCCAGGAAAGCUACUGCCCGGCCGCCGUUGCAUACCACAUCGCACACCCCCAGCGUUAUGAGUGAACCCCGAACUCAGACUGAAAAGGAUCACAGCGCGAAGCAUACCGGCACCGAUCCUCGGGACAGUCUCUUUCAUCAAGUGUAUGAGUGGCUUCAACACGAAAAGGCCAAGCAGAAGACCUGUAGAUCGAGGUUGACAGGCACUACCCAAGGUACCGACAGCGAUGGCGACGACGAUUAUUAUGACGGUGUCCUACAGACAAGCACAUUUCCUGGCGGCGAAAGCCCACCAUCUCUCGACAAGCUUGAAAAGAUCCUAGUACGGUACGCUGCAUUGCGAAUUGAAGGAUCUGCACCUGGUCACUCCCAUCGGGGCCCCACUCGGAAGCGUUCUCGUAUCCGUGGGCUGCGGAGAGGCUCUGUGUCCGAGUCUGACUAUUACGACGUCGACGCAGCGGCUCCCAGUGUGGACGCCCUCCUUGAUAAUUCCAAGACGCUCGCGUACACGGGAGGCAGCGCGGAGGAUGGUGGUGAGGCUGAUGAUCGACGAUCGAAAGACCGAGAAGCUUGGUUGACUUUCAAGAACGAGAUUGCCCGUCUUGCCAUCACCCUUCGGCUGAAAGGCUGGCGCAAGUUCCCCCAGGAGCUUGCCGGAGAGAUCGAAGUAGUUCGCUUGAGCGGUGCGUUGACCAACGCCGUGUAUGUGGUCAAUCCGCCGAAAGCCCUUCCUCCACCCAAGGCUGAAGACGGAUCGUUUUCCCUGAUUCCCCAGAAACUUCCACCGAAGCUUCUCCUGCGCAUUUAUGGUCCGCAAGUGGAUCAUCUGAUUGACCGGGAAAAUGAACUGCAGAUUCUUCGCCGUCUGGGCCGAAAGCAUAUUGGGCCUCGAGUACUGGGAACCUUUAACAACGGCCGAUUCGAAGAAUUUUUCGAAGCUCGUCCGUUGACGCCGAAGGAUCUGCGGGUUCCCGACACCAUGAAACAGAUCGCGAAACGUAUGCGUGAGCUGCACGAAGGCAUUGAUCUGCUCGAAGAGGAGAGAGAGGGAGGCCCCGUAGUUUUCAAGAACUGGGACAAAUGGGUUGAUCGCUGCGAACAAGUCAUCAACUGGCUAGACGAGGAAUUGCAAUCCGAGCACAAUGAGGCAAGAGCAGCUUCCGAACCUUGGCGCCGUCGUGGCUUUGUCUGUGGUGUUCCAUGGGCACUAUUCAGAAAGGCUGUUGACAACUAUCGGAAAUGGCUUGUCUCCAGCUGUGGGGGAAUGAAGGAGAUCAAGCGGCAGCUGGUAUUUGCCCACAACGAUACGCAAUACGGUAAUCUUCUCCGAAUGGAGCCCAGCUCCGAGUCGCCGCUUCUUCUACCUGAGAACAAGCACAAGCAGCUGGUAGUCAUCGAUUUUGAGUACGCGUCGGCGAACACACCCGGCUUUGAGUUUGCAAACCACUUUAGCGAAUGGUGUUACAAUUACCAUGACGCGGAGAGACCCUGGGCCUGCAACAACAGCCUGUAUCCCACUUCCGAGCAGCAACGAGUAUUCAUCGCCUCCUACCUGACACAUAGUCCCGGGGUACGGUCGUCGGCUUCUCCAUCCAUUACUCCUCUGAUGCGAGGGAACACUGCGACCAUCACCCCUUUCGUUCCUCUGGACCUCGACUCGAACACCGAUGCGGAUUUGCAGCGGCACUUGGAGGUUGAAAAAUCCCAAGGAGAUGCCCUCGAGGCCGAGAUCCAGUCUUUGAUGAAACAGACCCGGAUGUGGCGUGUGAUCAACUCCGCACAGUGGGUCGCCUGGGGCAUUGUACAGGCCAAGGUUCCCGGUAUGGAGGAGAGCGCGGCGGAUGUAGCUGCGAAGGGGUCCAAUGGCAAUGGCCAUAGCGAGGACUCUGUCAUCGAGGCAGCGCAGGUUGAGGCGCCGGAGCAAGCUGCAGCUGACGCCGAAGCGGACGAGUUCGACUAUCUUGCUUACGCGCAGGACCGGGCGAUGUUCUUCUGGGCAGAUCUGCUUGCCCUGCGUCUUGUGCGGGAGGACGAGCUCCCGCCGCCGAUGGUUGAGCUGAUCCGGGCUCGCAAGAUCGACUACUAA